GCUAUAAUACUGUUGAUUAGGCAAGUGUGCUGUAAAGCUGUCCAACAAAACACACCUCAUUGUCAGAUUUGAACAAUGAAAGAAAUGAAAAUUGAGAUGAAUGAGGUUGGAUAUGUUAAUCCAGAACAGUUCCACAGAAGUGAACGUAUGCAAAGAAAGAAGAAUUCUUCCAACAACUGGGAAACCAACCAAGGCUCUUCAAGAAGAGGAGGCAGAUGUUCCACAGUGGCUGCAGUGUGUCUGGGGCUGCUCUGUGUUCUCCUGCUGGCUGCCAUUGGCCUGCUGUGGUUCAAGUUCAGUGGAGAAAGAGAAGAUCUUUCAAAGAGCUUUUCAGAUUUGGAUGGAUGGAGGUAUUUCCGCUCCAGUAUGUAUUACAUCUCUACUGAGAGUAAGAGCUGGAGUGAGGGCAGACAGUUCUGCAGAGAGAGAGGAGCAGACCUGGCGAUCAUAAGCAGCAGAGAAGAAUCGGAAUUCAUUGUUAAGAGUAUGGGCAAAGGUUGGAUUGGUCUGACUGACACUGACACUGAGGGCACGUGGAGAUGGGUGGAUGGCUCAGCACUGACCACUGGAUUCUGGAGAAGUGGGGAACCCAACAGUAAAGUAGGAGAUGAGGACUGUGUUGCAACUGGCGGAGGGUAUGAUCCUGUUUGGAACUGGGGAGAUUAUCCCUGUAAUCACCAGUUUGUUUGGGCCUGCGAGAAGAGAAUUUUCAACUGAAUCUGCUUGAGAUUCUAUACAUUUCAUCAUGAACACUGUACAUAUUUUAUGUAAAACCAAUUAAUUAGACCAGAUUCAUAAAAUGGGGUGAUAGCAGCGCUAUGCCAUGCACUACUUAAAAAAUUACUUAAUGUGGUAAAAAGCAAUUGAACUAGUUUUAUUCAACUUAAAAAAAAAAAUUACAUUGAUUUGAAAGAAUCAUUCAUUCAAAGUAUUUAUUUAGGUUAAAUAAAAGUAGUUAAUUUGUUUAUUACUUCAUAUGGUAACUUUUUACAGGUAGAUUUGGCGAGCCACUUUUUACAGAAUGUGCAGCAUGGUAAACAAGAGAUAUUCAUAAAGUCACCAUGGAGGUGAUUAGUGGUUUUUAACGCUGCAGUAUUUUUAAUCUGUGACCUAGGCAGGAGCCAAUCAGAAUCCACAAGUAAAUCAGGUUAUACAUAGGCAGGAGCCAAUCUGAAUCCAAAUGUAAAUGAGGUCAUACAUAUUAAAGACCCUUGACAAGUGGCGCUCUGGUUGGCUGCCAAAAUGAAGAAAAUCUAAAUUAUCUGAAGAAGAGCUACAAAUUUGAAGGGAAGGGGUGCUGUUAAAUAAUAGAGAAUUUUUUGGUAAAGAAAUAAAGUAUCUUUGUCAGAAGAUGUUGUUUACUAUAAAAAGUAUAAAAAACUUAAAAAAAAAAAAAUUUUAAUUGUAGGAAUUAUAUUGUAGCAUGUAUGAUUUAAUUUCUCACUGGUUAGAAUUUCAGCUUCCAGUUCAUUAUGAUAGUAACCGUUUUUAUUAACAUGAAUAAAAGUUUGUGUGAUGUUUAUUACAAUUCAAAUUUAAAUUGACAUGCUGAAAUUCUGUUUACUGUGGCAAGCUGUUUUAGCUCUUAUUUUCUAUUUUUCAAUUCAGUUUUAAUUUUUAGUAAAUAUUCUUAAUAUCAUGAA